AUGUCUGCCAGUGACUCGAGUCGGCCUGGGUUCUCGACUCUUGCCAUGCGGCGGCGCGCGGCCAACCCCGAACCCCGUCGUGGGCCAUCCAGUUUCCUUCCACUACCCCCUCUUCCUCCCGGCUUUGUGCCCACUUUCAUCAACGUCCAGGUCCGCGUGAGAGGUAGGCAGAUUAACCCUCUCGCGGUGCUUGACCCCACCCGCGGCUGGACCCAGAGCACUCCUGGGCCCGCUACCCCUGGGCAGAUUGUGUACACGGGUCACGGCGGCUGGCCGCACAGCAGGAACUUUGAGUGGGAUGUUGAGGGCAUGGAGUUAGACCGGCCCCACUUGAGGAGGGCGUACGCUCCUCAGUACCCCAUCCCUACCCGCUAUAUAUACCAGCAGGAGCGCGACCAGAUCAUGACCGAGGCGGGCCGCAUCCUCCUCCGCAGCGGAAGUGUUCCCAUGUCGGGCGACGAGAUCACGCGUGUCAUAAACACCGUUCAUGAUCUUAUCCUACGUGCCAACGAGCUCUGCGACGGCGUCUCUCUCGAGGCGCACUAUUCCCUCGUCGUGUUUCUCCAGACGAUCCAUGGCAGCCUGUGUGUCAUGCUCGAGCAGAUCGCGCAGGUCGAGGUCGAUCCUACCCGAAUGGCGCCUCCCGUAACCGCCGCGCCUGCGCCUCUGUCCGAGUAG